CCUUCCGGUUACCAUCAAUCACACGAGAACGAACACACGCCUCGAUGCACAAGGCAACUAGUACACGGUACAGGCGCUAGUUCCAGUCCGGCGUCGCCUCCUCCGGCGACCGACAGCAGGGUUCCCUCCCUCCCGAUGGAGCCGCCCUCCACCUCCUCGCCGCCCCCGCGGCGGUCGCCGAAGGUCAGGCUGCGGAGGCAGAGGCUGGAGUCGCUCCUGCAGGAGCUCCGGCGGACGCUCGACGGGCUGGGCGACGCCGAUCUCGGCGCCUCCCUCUCUUCGGUGGCCGCGGACACCGAGGCCUCGGAGUACGGGGACAGCGAGCACGCCGACGACGGUGACUCCGCGGCGUCGCUGGCGAGUGACUCCGACCACGCGACCGACCAGAUGUUUGAUCUUGUUAAAUCUAGGUUUGAAUCACCUGGGUUUCUUCAAGAAUUCGAAGAAAUUCAAAAGUCCGUAUGUCAAAAUGGUGCAGCUGAAAUGGAUACGUCAUGGGAUAUGAUAAAGGCGGUAGAUGUGUGGGAAGAUGAUGACGACAAUGGAUACGUUCUUGUUAAGCCAGAGGAUGCAGCUGAAGGGAUAGCUUUCUUUGUAGCCACAUACUUACUGACACUUAAAAAAACCAAGGAAUUGUCUCCUGAUCGACUUCAAAAAGCCCUUAAGAAGACAUUUUCGGCAGAGAAGAGAAAAGGCAAACUUCGGAAGGCAUGGGAUGGGACAAAAGUUGCUUAUAAUGUAGCUUCAUGGGGUGCCACAGCUGUUGGGAUCUACAAUAAUCAAGCAAUUCUUAAGGUAGCAAGUACAGCCGUUCGGAUGUCCUGGCGCGUGGUAGCCAAGUUACUGUGAAUAAUCGGUGGUGAACACUGUUGUUACUGGUGUGCCUCUUGUUAUUUAGGUUGGUUCACCACAUUGCUUGGAAAUCGAGUAGUAAUACUGUUGAUGGGGGGAUUGGGGUCUAGCGGUUAGAUCUAUGAUGCUUGAAGAAUUGCAGUUUAGCAUUCAGGUUUGCAGGAGGCUUGGAAGCCCAUUUGAAUAAAUUACAUUGGUGAUGUAAAUAGGCCAUUCAUUUGGUUGUGUGAAGCAGCAGUUGGACUCUUUGUACACGAAAAAUGUAUAUAUGACAUUCAUUUCAGUAA